GGUGGGCAAGUGCAGGAGAGGAAAGCAGCACUUGCAUCAUAGUUGCUCUGUAAAGAGUGAGAGAGGGAGAUAGUAGCCGGAAUUAGGCAGAGAUAUAAAGCCAUGGCGACCAUGUCACUUUCUUCUUCUACCUUCGCAGGCAAGGCCCUCGCCCUCUCCCCUGCCUCCUCAGAGCUCCUUGGCUCCGGGGAGGGGCGAGUGAGCAUGCGAAAGCCGGUUGGCAAGCCCUCAAAGGCCGUCUCCUCUGGGAGCCCAUGGUAUGGCCCCGACCGCGUAAAAUACUUGGGCCCCUUAUCCGGGGAACCCCCAUCAUACCUCACUGGUGAGUUCCCUGGCGACUACGGCUGGGACACUGCAGGCCUCUCGGCUGACCCAGAGACAUUUGCGAAGAACAGAGAAUUGGAGGUCAUCCACUGCCGAUGGGCAAUGCUGGGGGCCUUGGGCUGUGUCUUCCCUGAGCUGCUCUCCCGCAAUGGGGUGAAGUUUGGGGAGGCAGUGUGGUUCAAGGCGGGGGCACAGAUCUUUAGCGAGGGAGGGCUCGACUACCUGGGAAAUCCGAGCCUGGUGCACGCACAGAGCAUCUUGGCAAUAUGGGCCUCCCAGGUCAUUCUCAUGGGUGCGGUUGAGGGAUACCGCAUUGCAGGGGGCCCACUCGGGGAGGUGACCGAUCCACUCUACCCCGGGGGCAGCUUCGAUCCCUUGGGGCUGGCAGAUGACCCAGAGGCUUUUGCGGAGCUGAAGGUGAAGGAGAUUAAGAACGGGCGUCUUGCCAUGUUCUCCAUGUUCGGCUUCUUUGUGCAGGCCAUUGUCACUGGAAAAGGGCCCCUCGAGAACCUGGCCGACCACCUCGCAGACCCUGUUAACAACAACGCCUGGGCCUACGCCACCAACUUUGUGCCUGGAAAGUGAAGAGGAACGGAAGACACACCCCCGAACCUUUUCUUUCCUGUUCUUUCUCCAUUUGUGUACCUCACUGCAGCUGUUAAUAUGCUGCAUCUGCUUUUCUCUCUUAGAAUAAUCAAAUGUAAAUGUGUUGUGUAACUUCGCCUCCUAAGUCCACUAUGUUGUUGCAGAAAGUGUUAUUAACACGUACCGAUUCAUGAGUGCAGUAAUAUGCAUCAUUUGAUUCAAUAUCAUCUCAUUUA